UCGCAUCUACCACCGGGCCGCCCCAGUCCACCUGGGAUUUAGAAAUUGGACAAGAGUUCGGCAAGACUCGUCCGCAAGCCUUAGACAACCUUUUCCGAAUGUCUAGAUGCUUUGCGUUAAAUAGUUUCCCUAAACGACGAGGUCUAUUGGACGCUGUGCUGAUGCCCUUUAGAUGAUGAGAUUUUAUGGAAGACAUCUUUUCUUCUUCACUGGCACUACAACCUCGAGAGGUUUCGGCAUGCCAUUUCUGGUUUUCUGUGACUUUAUUUUACCCUAAAAAGCGAUUUCGAAAAGUUCCUUUGGAUAAUGAGUAAAAUUUCACAGGGACUCCACAUGGACGGUGAGGUCUUUUGAAGACGAAACCCCCAACGACGAAAUGUUUCAGUAAAACCCCAGUGGUUGAGGAGAUACCUUAGAUGGCAAAAGCCUGUUAUUUCAACUUGUUUUGCAAAACAGUUUCUGUGCCUAAGUCUAGGAUUGGAGGCUCACAUAUAAAGUUAAUCAACAAUGUUACAGUUGGCGGUAAAUCCUGUUUGGCGGCUUUAUUUUGCGUGAAGGAUAGGUUGGGGAAGGACGUUUCCCCAGUUUAAUAAAAUUGCUUGACUUCAUGAUAUCGUUUGAGGUCCGUUUUAUUAACAUUGGUUGAACACUGCAAUUUGGAACUUUCAUACAGCACUUAAACAGCGUAAGCGCUGCUUAUUGAUAGAGCAAUGCUUUUCUUGUAUAUUUUAUUAAAUUCUUAAAAACAAUAUAAGCAUGACCAGUUGGGAUACACUUUUUUUAUAGAAUCCGAAGCCUUUGAUUUGUUUAUCCUGCCACGGAACCCGGCGUUGUAGCCUGUUCGCUGUUUGACAUCGCGGCACGUGGUUGCCAUGACGAUCCAAACGCUUACUUCACAGCCUAGCAACGAGGAAAAGCAAAACAUACACAGUUGUACAGUACAGCCACCCGUCAUCCAGAUCAGUCUCGAGAGCGUUGAGGAUUCUCUUUCAAUUAUCGCUCAAAUUUGUUUAAAAAAUCUGUGAAACAGUUUCACACCGAGCAAUGCACGCCUAAUGGCAGAACUGCACAUAAUCGGCGAACUCAAGACGGCAGUGGACUUCGAGGAACCGAACCUGUUCUGCCGCUGGAGCAUCCAGUACGGUUCGAACUGGAAAGCCAUCGAGGGUUACACCGAAGGUCAGUCCUGCUGCAGUACGUCACGCAUCGAGCAACGGGCCGAUUUCUGCACACCGAUCGAUCUACAUCUCGUGACCCGUGGGCUUCAGGGUUGGCCCAAACUGCACGUGGAAGUGUAUGCGGUGAACGCCCUUCAACACUAUUGGCCGGUAGGAUACGGGUUUGCCUUUGUGCCGGUACGUCCCGGCCAUCACCGGGUGCGGAUCGCUACGUGGAAAGUUUCUUCGUCCCGGGUGGCCGAUACGGUGCGGGAGAAGUUCCACACGGGUGGGUUUUCGUUGGCCAAAAGUGACAUCGCGUUCACGGGUAUCGAGCGGUACAAGUUACUGACCAAAACAGCCGGCACAGUGGAAUUAGAUUUGAUGCUAAUAUUUAAGAACUUUGCCGAGUAUGGUGUUGAACUGCACUGACUUCAGGAUGACAAUCAAGGUCUUGUUAAU